AUGCGCACCGUCCAGGGUGACCUGGCUGAGGUCUUUGAGUGGUACGCCGCGCUGGGCCAGGUGGCCGUCAUAGCAGACAGGUUGGUGCUCAGCCUGCAGCAGUUUGGGCGGCUGGCGGCCGACACCCACGUGCGGCAGACCAACCGGGUGCUGUCGCUGGUGGAGGACGCGUUUUACGCCCUGUCAGACAGGGGGCGAGAGUCUGAGGCCGACGCGGCUUCCACGCGAGCUCUCAAGCCAUUCAGCAGCUGGCCGGCAUGA